AUGGAUCGGUACCAGAGGGUAGAGAAGCCAAGAAAUGAAACGCCGAUUAACGAGAAUGAGAUUCGCAUCACAACUCAAGGCAGAAUGAGGAACUACAUUACUUAUGCCACUACGCUCUUUCAGGAGAAAGGAUCUGAUGAAAUCUCUCUCAAGGCCAUGGGCAGAGCCAUAAACAAGACUGUGAUGAUUGCUGAAUUGAUUAAGAGAAGGAUUGCUGGUCUUCAUCAGAAUACAUCCAUUGGUUCUACUGAUAUAACUGACAUGUGGGAGCCACUGGAGGAGGGUCUUCUCCCCUUGGAAACCACUCGUCAUGUGUCAGUGAUAACAAUUACUCUAUCCAAGAAGGAACUGGAUACAUCCUCCACAGGCUAUCAAUCACCUAUUCCAGCUGAUCAAGUGAAACCACUCGCUGAAUAUGAUUAUGAAGGAGAGGGGGGCUCUCCUCGUAGGCAGGGGAGGGGGCGUGGUGGUCGAGGAAUGGCUAGAGGUAGAGGAAAUUAUAGCAAUGGAGUGCUGGAGUACAAUGGAGAUGGUGGCUGGGAUGGUGGGCGUGGAUAUGGUGGCAGGGGUAGAGGUCGUGGAAGAGGACGGGGUUAUCGUGGUCGUGGAAGAGGUUAUGGUGGUGCAUAUAUGCAACAACAGCCAGGUGGUUAUAACGACUAUGGUGGUGGAGCAUUUGUUGGCCAAGGCCGCGGGCGAGGACGUGGACGAGGCAGGGGUCGUGGGCGUGGGCGUGGCCGGGGUUUCAGACCAGAUGGUCCUGCCCAGGCAGCUGAGUGA